AUGAGGUCCAACGAGUCUCUCAGCAUCAACGCCUCCUCCCCCUCGGAACGAAGCUCCCAACUCCUCCUGACGCCUUCAAUCUUCCACGCCGCAACCCGCGUCACAAUCCCCCUCCUCUCCGCCCAAAACCACACCGAGGCAAUAACCUACAUCUCAACAUCCCGCUUCCGCAACCCCUCCCCCUCGACCCUAACCCUCCUCCACUCCCUCUUCGCCCACCCAUUCUUCUCCUCCACGCUCUCCAUCCUCCACCUCUCCCGCGCCCGAAAUGCCGUCAUCAUCCACCACGCCCUCGAAGUCCCGCUCUCCAACUUCUCCCUCGCAGCCCGCCUCCUCCCCCUCCACGCCCCGAUCCUCCAGCCCGUCCGAAGGCUCAAACAGCGCGGCUACAUCUCCACCCUCACAACCUCCCAAUUCGUAAAAGCCCUCUGCGAAGCAUCGCCCUGCACGACCCCCGACCCGCGCGACCGCGUCUUCGCCUUUCUGGCGCUGUACCCCUUCCCCAUGACCAGGCCGCAGAUCGACUCGUACCGGCGCUCGGGGUUCUUCUCAGGCGACGCCAGCAACGCUUCAACCCGCGGCAAGGGGGAGGCUCUCGAGAGGGUGGCUAGUGCAGUCGAAGCCAUCGAGGAUGAGAAAACGCGGCGGCGGAUGGUGAAUUACACGGCCCCCGUGGAGACAGUCUACACCAACUUCGCGACGCUCCUCCUCGAGACCACAGGGCUGGACUUCCUCUCCGCGGUCCAGGGGAAGGGUAGCGGUGUGCCGAGCUGGGUGCCCGACUGGCGCGUCACCCACUCGCGGACGAUACUGGCGCAUCUGCCACUGACGGAGUUUAAUGCCGGCGGCGGGCGGGAGCAAGCUUUCCGCAUCCUCACAGGGGAAACCGGUGCGAAGUUGGAGGCUCCGGGCAUCUGCUUGGGGGACGUGAAGACCCUCGGGGCAGCGUGCGAUGUGUCCUCCCCUGGGUGGGAAGAUAUCGUCUUCCGUCAGUGGAGGGGCAUCGUCGAGGCAAAGACAACAAAAGAGUGCCCUACCAAAAUAAUAGAGCGCUUCAUCCAGACAAUCAUGACCGACUCCGACGAUGAAUACGUCGAUGCCCGAAGGGUAAUCUGUCGACGACUGUUGGCUCCUGAGGAGAAACGCAGGGUGGAGGGCAAGCACCUUUUCGAGGGGGUAGACGAGGAGGCCGUGACGAAGUUGCGCAUUAGCUGCCACGGGCGAAGGUUCUUCGUGGCUUCGAACGGCGGGAUGGGUUUGGUGGCGAGUGAGAGCCAGGAGAGGGACUUUGUGGCCGUCCUGCCUGGCGCACGACUACCGUAUAGCUUCCGUCACCGGUACGAUUCCGCGUCGGCCGAGGUGGAGUUAGUCGGUGAGUGCUUUGUGCACGGGAUGAUGAAGGGGGAGGCGUUUGGCCGGGGUACUUCAUUCGUAAAGCGAGAUAUUCGCAUUUGUUAG